AUGAACAAUUCAGAACAACCUAGACAGAAUCCCACUCGAGAACUAACGCCAUUCGAGCGCAUGUUUGUCCAACCAAUCCCACCACCAACACCACCUAUUCAACCUCGUCGCAUUCGCCGUGCACCUACCAAUGGACAAAGUGAAAUCAUCCCUACCCCUUUUGUAUGGGCUACUAAUCGUAGAGCAACCGUUCAAAGUUUCGAUUAUCUUUUGGAAAAUAAAAUCUUUUACAUCACUGGAGAUGUUCAGUGCAAGAGAUGCGAUAAAACAUACCAAAUAUCCUUUGACGUGAGAUACAAGUUUCCAGAAAUUGCACAAUUUAUCGCCGAAAACAGGCACACAAUGAAUGAUAGGGCAACAAUUUGGAUGAAUCCAAGAUUGUCUAGAUGUGAGAAUUGUAAUCAAGAAAACUGUGUGAAGCCGGUAAUCGCCGACAAAAAAAAGAGUAUCAAUUGGUUGUUUUUGUUGUUGGGACAAAUGCUUGGUUGUUGCACUCUUGAACAAUUGAAGUAUUUUUGCAAACACACAAACAAUCAUAGAACAGGUGCAAAGUAUAGACUGCUUUAUAUAACUUAUCUUGGACUGUGUAAACAACUUGAUCCUAAUGGACCUUUUAAUGUUUGA